GGUUGUGUCCGGGUAAGAUGGCGUUGGAAGAGCAGUGCUCGGCACCACCUCGAUGGCGGUCCAUAUCUUUGACACACGUAGAGUUCCCCGAGGAUGAUCUGACGGGACACUUGCUGGCCUACAUCAGCCUCAUCCCUAUAGCAAUUCUUGUGGGCUUUGUUACACUCAUAGUGUUUAAACGGGAACUGCACACGAUUUCCUUCUUUGGAGGGCUUCUCCUAAAUGAAGGCGUGAACUGGCUGCUGAAGCACAUUCUCAGAGAGCCGCGCCCAUGCGCAGGGGCUCACACAACCGUGCACACAGAGUAUGGGAUGCCCUCCAGUCAUUCCCAGCUUAUCUGGUUCUUUGUUGUUUACUUCUUUCUUUUCCUUUAUUUAAGAAUGCAUCAAACGAACAAUGCUCGAUGUGUGGACCUUCUGUGGAGACACAUACUGUCCAUUAUCCUCUUGGGCAUAGCCUUAUCAGUGUCAUACAGCAGAGUCUAUUUGUUGUAUCACACCUGGAGCCAGGUUUUCUACGGUGGAGUGGCUGGUAGUACGAUUGGCAUAAUCUGGUUCUUUAUUACACAAGAGGUGCUGACACCAAUAUUCCCCAAAAUAGCUGCAUGGCCAAUAUCAGAGUACUUCCUGGUACGAGACACAAGCCUGAUCCCAAACAUCUUGUGGUUUGAGUACACAGUGACCAGAUCAGAGGCACGGAACAGACAACGAAAGCUUGGAACAAAAGUUCAGUGAUCUACAAAGUUCAUUUGUGAAACUGAGUUUAGGACCACACACGUGCACACAGAUACAUUCCCAUUUACAGACGCAAACAAAUGUUCACUCAAUCCCUCCCUCCCCCCAACCAAAAAAUGGCAAAAAAGUAAACACAAAAACGACACUGGAGAACCAUCAUCUGGACUGACGUGGUUGCAAAGGAGUAAAGGGCAAAAAAAACAAACACAAAAAAAAAUAUUUACCGGUGGCAAGAGUGCCUGGACCUGGCCCGGAGCCUACAGCCUGAGCAAGUCCGUCCCCACGCCUCUCCUCCUUGUACAGCUUGCCUAAAAAUGCUCUUCAGUGCAUGCAAGACUGUGUAAGAGGCAUACUAUUUAAUGAUAGAUUAAUAUAUAUAUUUUAACUAUAAACUCACGCUGACAGUAACGGUGUGUUGCAAGAGCUUCAAGGAGCCAAUUACAGGAGCCUUUGCUCAAGUUUCAAACAGAUUGAUGGGCGUCAUUGCAGCAUGUACUUAGUGAUUCUUUUUUUUUUUUUUUUCCCUUUAAAAGAAAUAUUCUGAUGGAUACUAUAGCUGGUGGGGUGGGUGGGUUGAUUAUGGCUUUGUUGGGGGUGAUGUGGAGUCGACCAUUUUUCAUUGUUAUAGACUAGAGAAUGAACAGUUUUUAAAAUUGGUUAUGAUGUAGUAUAAAUAUGAAUUUGCACUUUGUUAAAUUUACAAGUUAAAAUAAGACUAACACUAGUUAAGUAUCAUGAAUGACCUUCCCUGUCUUUUUCCCUCAUUGGGUUUUGCUUUGUGUCUCUGCCAGUCCUCAUAAUAAUGAUAUUAGACUCCAAAGCUGAUCUGUAAGCAGUGUAAAUUUAAUGAACCUUCUGAACUAACAAGCUAUAAGUUAUGGUUUCUGUUCAUAUCAACCUUUAAGUGGCACAGCAGUGGGUUUGAGUUAUUCUCUUUUUUGUUGAACACACUUUGGACCGAGGUGUUUUGUUAAUGCCUCUUGCAUAGUAGCAGCCUGGGAACAGAAUUCUGGGAUUUGUAAUUUUAUUUUCUUUCUUUCUUUCUUCUUCUUUUUUUUUUUUUCCCCCCAGCAAGUUUCAGGUCUUUUCUGCAGUUGCGGAGACCCUUUUUUAUUUUUAAAUUUUCCUUCUCCCCACUUUUCCCAACACAACAUUCCAUAUCAGAUAGUGAGAAAAUGAGUGCUGAGGGUGGACUUUUUUUUUUUUUUUUUUUUUUCUCUCUCUCUCAAGACAGGAAAAAAUCCUCAGGUCAGUAGUAGCAUGUGAUUAUGCUUAUUCCUCAAAGCGUGCGGCAGCUGAUGUUGGAGGCUGUCAAGUGAGCGCCGAAGCUGAUUUUAAGUGUCACCAUUAGCUCCACAAAGGGAAGUAGAUCUCUUAGUUUGUUUUGGGUUUUUGUUUUGUUUUGUUUUGGUUUCUUGUUUUUUUUUUUUUUUUCCCCAUGUGUAACCUAUA